GAAGUGAGUAGCGCUCAAUCAGGAAGUGGCUACUGCGCUAGCGGGAGGAAUGAGGGAAUGAGCAGCUGAAGCGGCGGUGGUUUGACAGCUUUGGCCGGGCAGGAUGGGAAGGCAGAGGAAGAGGGUGGUGACAGGUGAAGCGCCCCCACCUCCCAGGAAAGAUGACAAGCCUUCUGCAUUUCAUCGCAAAGAAAAGAAAAAGAAAGUUGAUAUCGGGAAAGUCUUCAUCAACAUCUCCAUUGGCCUUUGUAUAUUCAGCCUCAUCUGGUUCUUCUAUGCCUUAUACAUGCGGUCGAGUCUCGCCAAAAGGGUGGUGACUCUACAUCCAGCUCCCCCCGUCCUGGAUGCCAACAGCAGCAGUGCCAAGGUUUCACCUGAGCGGUUCUGGGGCUCCUACAGGCCUCAGGUGUACUUUGGAAUGAAAACCCGGAGUCCCAGAUCUGUAGUUACUGGCAUGAUGUGGAUGCGGCAGUUCACGGACUUUGACAUAAACCUGAGGCACACGUGUGAACAGGGAGAUCGUCUUCAGAGCUACGGCUGGCUGAUGCAUGAUGGGAAGAACUUCGGCGUCCAGGAAAUCCGAGAUAAUGAUUUUACACUGACCACAGAGUUUGUCAAGAGACUGGGAGGAGACCAUGGAGGAGACUGGACCUGGAGGAUCACAGCCAAACAGCAUAGCUCGUCUCCCCACGCACCCGUCCUCUCCCUGAUGUUCUACGCUGCAGCAGACACACAGGGGUCUCUGGAGGCUCACGUGGAGGAGAAAACGCGCCUGGCCUCUAUCACUGGCUCUUCAGAGGAGCUAGGAAACUUCAAGAUCUCCUUCAGAAAGCCUGUGACCGGGGAACAGUCCAGUGCUAAAUAUGCCAGCUACAACUAUCUGAAGACUGUCACCCCGGGUUUGGAGAAACUGACUGACAUUGUGAAGCACAGUCUGAAUCGCAGGUUUGUCUACAGCCCGUCCUCUGGAGACAAAAGGCAUUACAUCGGUGUUGACGUUUAUAGACCCCCGCAUCACCCCAACCAGCAGAAACCGCAGGACCCCAGGAAGGAGAGUGACUUUGUGGUUCACCAAGUCACUGUCCAGACACCCUUCCAGGUCGAAGUUUUGUUUGAAUCCGGCAGCUUUUCCAAUCGCCCUAAUCAACUCGUGGGCUCAGUUUUGACCCAGGAGUUGGAGAGACGAAAGGCAGAGUUUAACACAAAAUUUGAAAAUACUUUUGGUCUUGAAAGCAAAGGGUUUAAUCAAGCAAAUAUUAAAUUCGCCCAAGCUGCGCUCAGCAACAUGUUAGGUGGAAUGGGCUACUUCUAUGGACAAUCAGUAGUGCAGUCUGUGUACAACGAAUACCCGCUCUUGUACCCUGAAGGUGCCCUCUACACCGCCGUGCCCUCCCGCUCCUUCUUUCCUCGUGGGUUUCUCUGGGAUGAGGGGUUCCACCAACUCCUCCUGAGUAAAUGGGACCCACAGGUUACGAGAGAGGCCAUCGCACACUGGAUAGACCUCAUUAACAUUGAAGGCUGGAUUCCUCGUGAGCAGAUUCUGGGCGAUGAGGCACGCAGCAAAGUCCCCGGGGAGUUCAUAGUUCAACGCAACGAAAACGCCAAUCCUCCAACUUUGUUUUUAACUCUUCAAGAUCUCAUUGGACAGUUAUCUUCAAGUCCAGAUGAGAAAACGCUAACAUUUCUUCAGCGUCUUUUCCCCAAAUUGAAGACUUGGUUUGACUGGUACAACACCACUCAGACAGGCCCCAAGGCAAACUCGUACCGUUGGAGAGGCCGCGACAAAGACACGAAUCUGUUCCUCAAUCCUAAAACUCUCACGUCAGGGUUAGACGAUUACCCCCGCGCAUCUCACCCUUCUGCGGAUGAACGCCACGUGGAUUUGCACUGCUGGAUGGCGAUGUCUUCGGGAAUCAUGGCCAGUGUAGCUCGUCUUUUGGGUGAGCCUCAUGAAGAAUAUGAACUCACUCACAACAUUCUCAGUGAUAACAACCUGCUGGAUGAAUUGCAUUGGUCAGAACAGUUGAGAGCGUACAGUGACUAUGGCAACCACACACAGGCAGUCUCACUACAGCAGGAGAAAGUGUAUGUGCCUCCCGGACAGCCACGGCAUCAGUUCCCUGUAGCUAGACUUGUGAGAUACGUGAGAAAAGCCCCAAAACUCCAGUUUGUUAAUGCUCUGGGGUAUGUGAGCCUGUUCCCCUUCCUCCUGCACAUCCUCCAGCCUGACUCACCCAAACUGGAGCAGAUCUUCCAAGACAUGAGGGACCCCAAUAAGCUUUGGACUCCCUAUGGUCUGCGCUCCCUGUCCAAAGCUGACCCUCUGUACAUGAUGAGAAACACGGAGCACGACGCCCCCUACUGGAGAGGGGCCAUAUGGAUUAACAUCAACUAUUUGGCAGUGAGAGCCCUCCAUCACUACAGCAACACACAGGGGCCGUACCAAGAGAAGGCAGCUGCUCUCUAUAAAGAACUCAGGACUAACAUUGUUAAUAAUGUUUUUAAACAGUAUGUUGAAACAGGGUAUAUCUGGGAGCAGUACAAUGACAGCACAGGCAGAGGCCAAGGAAGCCACCCAUUUACGGGCUGGUCAGCGCUCACGGUGUUAAUAAUGGGAGAGCAUUACUGAGCGAGAUUUAUCUAUUGCGGGACAUUCAUUCAUCUGCAUUUGUUUGUAACAAAAGAUUCAAGGUUUAAGAACUGAAUAUGGUUUUAUAAAGGUAUCAAAGCACCAUAAAAACUGCAGCAUAUUGACACAUAAAAGAUACAUUUUCACAGUUUACAGCAGCUUUUUUCUAGAAUAAAAACAGAUAAUUUGUAAAAGAACAACCCUGUGUUAGUACUUGACAGAUAAGAGCCUCUGUCUUUUAUUGUGCCAUGUUUGGAGUAUUGAACUUGCUUUCUUGAUCAUUUUGUAUUUAAUUUAUAAAGACCUUUUAGAUCAUGGUCUUUCAGCUGCAACUGGUCACUGCUACUGAAAAAUGCAGUAUUUGGUACUUGAGCCUGUGGUCUGCACUCAAGAGUGUGGUAUUGUUUUGUUAAAAACAAUAAAUUCUUUAAAUUAAA